GUGUCAUUUGGCCCAUUACUGACUGUAGCAUACCGGUAUACUUGUCUUUGGCGCCUCCGGUUCGAAAGGAGAGGGCGACGAUAGAACGCCACCCUAGAAUGUCAAUCAGCGACCACGCUUACCACUUAUGGGAAUUGUGGCCGUGUCAAAACAAGGUUAAGUGAUCCAAUUCCCUAGCAGUAUUGAUUAUAUCGGUGGAUUUGCAGGCUGAAAAUGCUGGAAAUAUCUAUACUUAAGAUCGAAGACCCUAGCUGCAUGUGGGGCAGGAUUAUGAGAGGCCCAGGGGUUCAAGUGGCGAGUCAUAAGGAUUAUGAUGACCUGCAAAUUGAGAUGAACCUAUUCUACCAUGAUGUCAAUCUAGAUUCUCAAUCUGUGAAGCCAUCUUCCCUGAAAAAGGGGCAGCUGUGUGUGGUGUUUUCCCCUCUCCUGCUGAGCUGGUGCCGUGCCAUUGUGGAGUCUGUGUACAAGGGAGUGGAGGGGACCAGGGUUACCUGCUUCCUGGUGGACCACGUGGAAGAUGUCAGCGUCUCAGAUGACAGUGUUUUUGCCUUGCUGGAGAGGUUCCUCCAGGUGCCUUUCCGGGUGAGGAAGUUUCAGCUGAGUGGCAUCUAUCCCUUGAGCCUGCGCGUGUCCAUCCUCGAUGCAAAAGCAGAGCUGGUGCCCUCACUACGAUGGGAUAGCUCUGCUACAAGGUACCUGUACAUCCUCUGGCAGGCAUCUUCUCAAGUUGAAGCAGUAGUGUGUGGAUCACAGGACAAUUGUCUGGCAGUCGAACUCUAUCUAACUAUCAACCGUGUUAAGAUCUGUGCGAAUCAUGAUCUGCUGGCGAAAAGGCUUGCCUGCACCAAGACUGAGAAGGAGAGUUUGCAGAAGGAAGGGAGAGGCCUACCACCUGUGUUCCUGAAAGGUGACAUGUUUGCUAGCCCAGAGCAAUUCUUGGCCCUCAACGGGUUUGAGGUGAAGUUGACAGCACCAAAUGGUGUGAUAAAUAAAGUCUCCAGUGGACCACUACCAGAACUGGUUAAGGUGUCAGAGCUGUUUCCAUCAGAACAGACCACAGCUGAGACGUCCUGUGCGGAGGUGUAUAGAGGCGUCCAGAAAACCAUGCAAUCGAUACAGACUUCAGAUAGACCCUGCGAUGCAGAAGAGCCAGUAAAUACCUGCACUUUACCUAGUCCUCCACAAAACCGUGAGAUUGAGGAGGAUACUGAGGAUACUAGUGGAAGUGAAUUGAGUGAGGAACCUGGGCCAACUCUAGCAGAUGAAGUAAUGGCAGAGUUGAUACUGUUCAGGUAUCUGAAGUUUUUGAAUCCUGAUGCUGUUGGUGGGUUUGACAAGUCCACGGUGGACCCGAGCUGUGUGUCUGAUACACACAGUACAAAUGACCAAUUGGCUGAUGGCUCAGUCGAACUAACUGAGAUAAAGACAGAGGAAAGGGCUGAGGAGGAAAUGGCGCUUUCCAAGGAGAAGACUGAGGAGGAAAAAGCAGCGCUUUCCCAGAUGCCCCAGCUUCAGGAGGACCAUGAGCCGGUCAACUCUGUGCCUAUCAAGGAUGAUGAUACCCAUUCUUCUGAUAGCCCUAGUGUUCAAGACUGGAAACAUGAAGAGAACAGCACACCACAGCCAAGAACUGAUGAGGAGAUGGCUGCUGCUCGUUUGCUGGAGUGGCUCAACCCUGCCCCUCUAAAUCUAGAUGUGGAGGAUGACGUAAUGGUGAUACCCACUGACCCCAAGAGGAAUGGGGUUCUGGUUCAUGCUUCAGUUGCCAUAGAACCCUGGCAAAGUCUGGCUCGCUGCUCGAUCUCCGACCCCUUCAAACGGUAUCUGAAGAGGCUGAAGUACCCGGGACUCAAUGUGGCUCAGCAGUACUGCUGGCCCCAUGUGUUCCGAGGCAACGACACACUGCUGGUGACCCAGACAGGCCAGGACCCACUGAACUACCUCCCCCCGCUGGUCACACACAUCCAGAACGGCUCCGUCCACAGCUCCCUCGUGACGCGCACCGGGCCCAUAGCGGUGAUCCUGUGCCCGAGAUGGGAGAAGGUGCAGGCUGUGUUCGACUUGCUGGAGACCUGCCACGCCGUUCAUGACCUCAACCCAGCUCUGGUGCUGCUGGGACAGGACAGGGACGAGGCCAAAGCCUUCAGAAUCCACAAGAACUGUAAGCUGCUGGUGACGACGCCCUUUACGCUGGCGCGGCUGCUGGAGGCCAACUGUGGCCUGUUUCUGCGCCUUUGCCACCUGGUGAUGGAUGAGGUGGACAUGCUCUACACCCGGGCGCCCGGAGAGAUGGAGGCGGUGUUGAAGCACUUCCGGAGUUUGGUGUCCAGUACUGACCGAUCACGGACUCCGCAGCAGCUGGUUGCCGUCGGCAGCAGCUGGAACACAGCGAUGGAGGGCCUGGUUAAAGACUACAUGAGGGACGCCACUGUCAUCAUCACUGUCCCUAAAGAGGCAGCCCUGUAUGGGGGCGUGCACCAGAUGAUCAUGUUGUGUCUGGACUGUGAGAAGACCCCCGUGAUGCUCAGGGCUCUGGACUUCUCCCCCUCCGCCCCCGAGAAGACCCUGGUCAUCACCAGUAGUAUAGACGAGCUGGAGCAGGUUUUUGAGGCUGUUGUCAACUCCUCAGCUCUAGCACUGAAAGCUCAUGAGGGUUUGACCCACCAGUUUGACUUUGUGAUGGAGCGCUGGAGUAAGGCCAUCGGAGCGGGCACUCACAUCAUCCUGGUUACCACUGAGAAGUGUCUGAAAGCCUUAGGAGUUGAUGAUGCGACCUGUGUUGUGCAUUAUGGCUUUCCAACCUCUCCCAAACUUUUCGGCUGUCGUCUGUUCUCCAUGUCUGCCAACUUCAGAGUCCUCUCUGACAAGUACCAUCCUGAGAGCUCCUCCAACCCUCCUGCCACCAACUCCAUCCUGCUGUUGACGGAGAAGAACGCGCGCCACGUGUCCGGAGUGCUCCGCUACCUGAGGCGCACCGAUGCCCUGCUGCCCCCUGAGCUCCUCCGGUUUGCCCAGGGCAUCCAGAUGGCCAGGGAGGAGCAGAAGGCACACAGGCCCCUCUGUGGCUACCUGAAGAGCCUUGGCUUCUGCAGGGAUACUGGAGUGUGUCCUGACAGACAUAUUCUAGACAAAACUCAAGACGAUCCCAAGCAUCUGGAGACUGGAUUGGUUGGGGUUGUGCCUCUGUUCAUCAAGAGUGCCACUGUGUACUAUGGGCGCCUGGUCCACCCAGAUGAAACCGGCUUCGACGAGCUCUCUGCCCGGAUGGCUACCCACUACGCCACAGGGCUCCGUUGGGCCUCGGAGGUGGUGGAAGGAGAGCUGUACGCCAUCCAGCAGGAGGACGAGUACCACAGGGUGCGUGUGGUGUCCCUGCCAGAUAAUGGCAACCGCUUGUUCAGCUGUGCGGUUGUGCACUUCCUGGAUGAGGGGAGCACACAGGAAGUGAAGUCACACCAGCUGCUGCUGUUGCCCCCUGCGUUCCACGACUUUCCUCCCCAGGCAGUGGAGAUCAUCCUGUGUGGGGUCAGGCCCAUCGACAAUGAGGUGGACUGGAAUCCGAAGGUGACAAGGGCCAUCAGUCAGAAGAUCAGAGGAAAGCAGCACCAGGCGAAGGUGGUCAUGUGCCUGGGCAACACCGUCUGGGUCAACCCCAUGGUGCGGAGGAUCCCUGCCCCUCUCCUGAAGACCUUCAUCAACGAGUAUAAUGUCUACAGUGAGGUGCUGUCCACAGGCAUGGGUGUGGCCAACACUGAACACCUGAACAUGCUGAAGCAGGCUCUCGAAGCCCCCUUGGGGGUUUCUGAUCACAUCGCCUUCCCACUUUCUGAUAACCACUCUGAAAAAGCCACACUGGAUUUGAAGGAACUUGCCCAGGUUGAUAGAAUGGAGGACCCAGGAGAGAGCCCUGUUCCUGGGCUGGAAAUGCCAAUCAUACCCCCUAAGAGGGAGUUGGAGGCAGCUGAUUUCUUCAGCCUUAAAGGCAUGCUUUCAGAUUGCAUAUCUGGGGGUAUUGGCAGCUCAGCACCCAGUGGAGAUAUGCCACCACUGAAGCACAUUGAAUUGGAGGGAUUUUCACCCCAAAGCUGGACUUCAUCAGUUAAUACACCAAGCGAAAAUGGAAUAGAUGAGCAGGUUGGCAGCCCUCAUGUGAACUUGAAGAAAACCCUUGAAGUGGACAGUCCUCAAAGUUGUCACCCACAGAUAAAGUGGUUUCAGAGACAGGAUGUACUUAUCUUGCGGGUUAAACUCAUGAACCCUGUGAUGCAGACCUGCAACUUCUUCCCUGACAGAAUGGUGUACAGUGCAUAUGCAAAUAAUAAGCACUAUCGCGUCACCUUGGAACUACAGAAUGACAUCAAUGCUGAUAGGUGCUCAUGGGAUAUGAAGUGUAACGAGCCUGAGAUCAGACUGGUGAAAAAGGAGAAAGGAGAGUGGAGAGGUCUCCUAAAACAGAAGAAUGCCCUUGUCAGUUAUGACUUUGAUCACAUGGAGGAGGAAGACUUGAGCGCAACAGCAGUAUGUGCACCUGCGCAUUCUGGACACUGGUUUGAGGCCAACACGGGAGAAGAUGGCUGUUACGUGACCUCAGAGAGUGGGAGUGAGAGCGAUUGAAAGGCGCCUCUCCAUAUACAACCAGAGGAGUAUUUCAACAACAUGUUAGUGAUAAACCUGGCUAAGUUAAGUCAAAUGGUAAACUUCCUAAAGGAUGGGCUCUGGCUGUGUUUGAAGGAGAAUGAAACCAUAGGGUUCUUCUAUUAAGAGGUUUACCACUUACUCUGAGUUUACUUAGCCAGCUUUAUCACUAAAGUAUAUUCUUGAAUACCCCCUGCACUGUGUGGGGCACUGUUCCAAUAUGUUGCCAUUUUAUCAAUUGUGUGUCCCCCACAUUUGUUUAUUUCUGAACAUUUUCUGAAAGUUGUGUAAUUUUGCAAGGUUAUGUUUAUCGGUAGUCUGCACAUUACAGCAUUUUGUAACAAUACUUUUACUGGUAGGAAUAACUUAUCUGAUUUACAAAUGUUGGUUUGUCUUAUGUUACAGAAAUAUAUUUUUGUAUUAAGAACUGAAUAUAUUUUAAUAUUUAUUUUUGUAUUUGGUUGUGUGGGCUACCAGAAAAGUCGGAUAUCAGGAAAUGAGACAAAAGUAAUUUUAAUUUGAUUUCAGUUUUUCCUUUAUUUUUAUUCAAAUGAGAUGUUGUUGCUGCAUAGCUCUGUGUGGAAUUACUUAUUAGGCUACUUACAAUAAAUUAAUGGCGUACUUGAUCUGGAUUGUUUUUUGCUCU